AUGCCCAUCCACUACACGGUCGACCCAGCGACACCUGACGUCCUGGAAGGCGUCACGGAGGACUUCAUCCUGUUCUAUUCCUCCCGCGAUGAACACGGCAAGCUGUGGUGCCCGGACUGCGUGGACGUAGAGGAGAUCGUGUCCAAGACGUUUGAGUCCGCGGAGGCACCGUCGGUGUUGAUCGUCUGGGUGGGGCAGCGCGCACAAUGGAAGACUCCAUCCAACCCGUUCAGAGCAGAGCCCUGGAAGGUCGGAUCGAUUCCGACUAUCAUUAGAGUCAAGGACGUGAGUGUCUCCAUCCGACUGGGGGUCAUAUCGUCUGUUGUUGACUAA